AUGGCCGCUGCCAACCCCUGGGACCCAGCGUCGGCACCAAACGCUGCUGGACUAAUGCUGGACCAUUUCAUAGCUUCGGGGCUAGUCACGCAGGAGAUGUUAAAUGUGUCCAAGAAAUCAGCUUCUUGCUUUGUGAAUUUCUCCAGAUUACAACGCAUCACAAAUAUUCAAGCUGAAAUCUACCAGACAGACUUGGAAAUUGAACUCUUAAGACUAGAAAAAGAUACGGCAGAUGUUGUUCAUCCUUUCUUUUUAGCUCAGAAAUGUCAUACCCUGCAAAGCAUGAAUAAUCAUUUGGAAGCAGUGCUGAAAGAGAAGAGGUCCCUCAGGCACAGACUGAUGAAACCCAUAUGCCAGGAAAACUUGCCUAUUGAAGUUGUAUAUCACAGAUACAUGGUACAUUUACUGGAGUUGGCAGUAACUUUCAUUGAGAAAUUAGAAAUCCAUCUUGAAACAAUUAGAAAUAUCCCCCAUUUAGAUGCAAACCUAAAGAACAUGAGCAAAGCUUUAGCAAAGAUGGAUAUUUUGGUAACUGAGACAGAAGAACUAGCAGAGAAUAUACUCAAGUGGCGAGAACAACAAAGGGAAGUUUCCUCUUGUGUCCCUAAAAUAUUAGCUGAAGAAAAUGACCUUCAUAAACAUGACAUUAUAAUGCCUCCUUUACCUUUUAAUUCUAAAGUUCAUAUCCAAACUAUUAAUGCUAAAUGA